CGAAGAUCGAGGCAGCGUUGUUGAAAUAAAUUUACGCCGUUUGCUCGUUAUCCCUCCCAACGAUCUUGCAGUAUCACUGCUUACUUGACCAAUAUAUAGAGAGUUUGAUCUUACCCCGAGUCUGCCACUAUGUCUUCCAGAGCCUUGCGAAAGCUCCAACGUGAGCAAGAACUCCAGCGACAAAUCGAAGCGGCCAAAAAGGCAUACGAAGAGGCCGAGGAAUCAGAGGAAGAGGAAGAAGAAGAUGCCCUACCCACAUCUAACCGUCCGGCCAAUGCAUUCGACAUGCUAGAGGCUGCCGCGGAUAAUGAGGACGAGUCAGAAGAAGACAUGCCGACAUCCCAAGCCGAAGAGGCUGCAGUUCCCACAGAAUCUCGAAACCCCCCAUCCUCUUCCUCAAAGUCCAAAAAGAAGAAAAGGAAAGGUAAAGGCAAGAGCAAGGCCAAGAACAAGAACGUGGAAACCACGAUACAGCAAGAUGAGUCAGGAGACGAGGUCGAUCGAGCCCUCAAAGAAUUGGCAGUGAAGGACACCCGAGCGGCUACCGCUGUUGAAGAUGAAACGUCCACCUGGGAAGCGCGGGCGACCAAGUUACUUGCGGUAGACGAAAAGAAUCUCAACCCUGUGAAUGAAAUGAAAAGUCUUUUCGGGAACAUUGCUCUCGAGACUCCAGAGUCCCGCACCCCACCACGUCAACAGCGGCGUCGUGAUCAGAAUUUACAAGGCGGAGUUGACUUGGCGACUGCGCUCACAGGGCGUUAUUGUGUGGGAAGCAGAGGCAAAGAGUUGGGCGCGCUUGCACACCGAAGGAAUAUUUUCGUGCAAGGCAGAGAAGAAUGGCCGCUGGCCACAAGCGGUGGCUUGAGCAUGGAGUACGUCAAUGGCUCGAAGACAGAUUCGAGCACGACCUCGUUCGAGAAGAUCUACAACAUCAUGCACAAUACACUCUACCAAGAGACUCAAGUACAAUUUCGCUUGGCAGUUGAAUCCAUGGAUCCUCAAAGGAUGAUAGGCUUGCUCUCCAUGUAUCCCUACCACAUUGCCACCCUACUACAGGUCUCUGAAAUCGCGAAGCACCAAGGGGACCACGCAGUCUCCGGAGAUCUAUUGGAGCGAGCUUUGUUCUCCUUCGGGAAGUCAGUACACAGCUCUUUUCCGGCUUCGCUGAGAACAGGUAUUGUACGGGUGCCCUUCGAUAAGACUGCCAACCGUGAACUCUACCUAGCAAUAUGGCGGUAUAUCAAGAACCUUGAGAUGAGAGGUACAUGGCGAACGGCAUUCGAGUGGUCCAAGAUUCUUCUUCAACUAAAUCCAAUUACCGAUCCCUAUGGAGUAACGCUAAUGAUCGAUCAACUCGCUCUCAGAGGCCGCCAGCAUGCCCAAUUGAUAGAUAUAUGCUCGGAUGAUGCUUAUGGGCAAGCUUGGGAUUUCCUCGCGAAUAUUCAGAUUUCUCUGUCUCUUGCAUAUCUCAGAUCAGGGAAAGCGCAGGAGGCAAGAAGACAGUUGGCCGUCGCUAUGCACAAGUACCCGUACAUCCUGUCGGCAUUGGCUUCAGCACUCGACAUCUCGCCUCUUCCCAAAUCCUUGUGGGCAAAAUUACCAUCAACUGAUGCCGAGAAGCUUCACACGCAGCUCUAUGUCACACGUGCCAAGGACCUAUGGAACACUCCAGAGACGAUAAGUCUGCUCGGUGAAGUAGCAGAGACCCUAUCGCACUACAGCGACGCCAUAGCUGCAGCGCCGCCUGCGCCAAAACUCGAAAUCUCCAUGGAGGAAGCUCGUCACAUCAUGCUACUCGAAAUACCCUCGCUCAUCUCGCUCUUGCCCCGCUCCUUCACCUCCAGACCUACCUCGUCCUACGAUGUCUUACCUCCUCCGUCCUCUGACUCCGAUGGCUUCGUCAUACGUGCCCCAGCAGCUGCGCAAGCUGGCGAUGGCCCAAUUCAGGCCAUCUUUCACGCUGCUGGAGUCACUGCUGGUAUGACGGGGGGUCUUCUUACACGACUAAUGCGCUGGUUCCAAACACCAGCGGAUCCCAACGAUGUGAACGGCGAUUCCGAUGGUCAAGCUGCUCUUCAAGAGUUUCAGGAACUGCUCGGCGAUAACAUUUCGCCCGAGUUGGUCCAGCAAAUGUUACAAGCCGAACUUGGCAGUGACGACGAAGCACCAAAUGAACGAGUGACUGCCGCAGGUCUCGGUAUGGCCGGCGGGUGGGAUUACUAUCAAGACGCUGAUCGUGAUAACUCUGAGAUCUAUGAAGACGACGAUGGGGAUAGUAUGCCUGAUCUCGAACCCUUAUCAGAUGAUGACGAGCCGAGUCAGGCUGUGUCAGUGUCCCGUAAUCCUCGGGCUGCCAGGGUCGAGGAAGAUGAAGACGAGAACGAUGGGCAACGUUCUCAACUGAACCAUCAACCUGCUAGCGGGGCUGUACUGAGGCAUGUAGACUCCGACUCGGAAGGCGAAGACUUGACGACUCGUUCUGCGAGGCUCCAACCAGCGCCGACGCCGCCCGCUGGAUCUUCAGCCACAGUGUCAAGCACAGAGCUACCGGGCCCGACCUCUGAUGAUUCCAUCUUGGCCGAUCCUCAACGUCUACAACGUUGGCUGAUCACCUCCGGUCUGAGCGAUCUCCAAUCGAGGCCGGAGACCCUGGGUCUAUACGUGUCUCGCCUGAAGACACUCCCCCGCAAAGCACAGCAGGACUGGGUGGUCAGCAUGGUGAGACAGAGAGCUGGAGCAGACGUGGAGACAAGACUCAAGGCCGCUCUUCUCUGAUGUUUUGUCACGGACCGAAAUGAGAUUGGCUGGGAAUAUUCACAUGACCAAGACCAAGCGCUCAUACCUUCAAUACCUUCGAGGGAAAAAAAAGAGAGUUUGGGAAUCACGACGCAACGAGUUGUCAAGACAGGGAGAAUUGAUCCAGGGUUGCCAAUUGAAUCUGCAACCGAGAUAAGAAAAUCCAGCAUUGACCAAGGUCACGACUGAUGGGGCCGGAAAAUGAGGAUUCCAAUGAGGUGAUUCCUCUCUACCUGUCCCGAAUGAGUGUUUCCUGCAACUUGGCGAAUUCCAGUUCAAGGAAUCUCUCCGAGUCUGUAUGAUGGCGCCUCGUGCCAGUGCCUUGAUAGCAUCUAGCCACAGACUUGAAUACAACCUCGCAAUUCCUCCUGAACAUUUCCGCCUUUGGAGUGUGGAAUAAGUAGUGGCGCUCUAAAGUUCUUACUCGCUCAUGCUUUUUAGGACGGCGGUGGCAAUUAGGGGAUCACUUUUUUGGGUUGGAUCAAUUUCCAUUUUCUGAUGACGAGUGCUCUCGAGGGUAAUGAAAGCUAGCUAAUUGACAAAAAAAAAAUAGAUAGAAGUCCACAAAAGGGCUGGAUUUC